UAUGUAGUUUUGAAAAUACAGAUUCCAGAUUCCGGUUUACAAAUUAUUUUCACACUCCAGCAAUGGCUAAGUGGGCGGAUGUGAUCGUUAUAGGCUCGGCGAACGUUGAUUACAUCACCUACGUGCCAAACCUGCCCCGGCCAGGGGAAACGGUUGCCGGAACUCAUUUCGAGACCUGUUUCGGGGGGAAGGGUGCCAACCAGUGCCUGGCGGCGGCCAAGCUGGGUGCGAAGACUGCUCUAGUAGCCAAGGUGGGGCAAGAUGCGACGGGCGAUGAUUAUUUGACGUAUUUGGAUAAGAAUGGCAUUAUAGUCGAACAUGUGGAACAGAUAAAGGAUCAGCCCACUGGCCUCGCACAAAUCGCCGUGUCUGAUGAUGGUGAGAACAAUAUAAUCAUUGUGGCCGGUGCAAACGCCUGUAUGGAUGGCAAGGCCAUUACCCGGGCGAAAAAAUUAAUUCAGAAUUCAAAGGUGUUGCUCUGCCAGCUGGAGACGAACGUGAAUGCGACGCUCUGUGCUCUGCGCCUCUUCAAGGGCAUCUCCAUAGUCAAUGCGGCGCCGGUGCUGAAAGAAAUGCCGCCCGAAAUAUUCAGCUCUCCGUCCAUUUUUUGCGUGAACGAGGUGGAAGCGGCACAGCUAACAGAUCGCGACGAAAUCAAGACCCUUCAAGAUGCGAGAGCUGCGGCCAUCGACCUGAUCGAUAAGGGCGCCAAUAGUGUGAUCAUAACAUUGGGUGCCCAAGGUGCGGUCUAUAUGUCCAAGGAUAACAAGGAGCGCUGCCUGCAUGUGCCUGCGGAGCCAGUCGAUCAUGUGGUGGACACUUCAGGGGCGGGCGAUGCUUUUAUAGGCGCGCUGGCCUAUCAUUUGGCCCGCUUCCCGAAUCUGCCAAGGGAACGUCACAUUUAUGCGGCAAACUCAGUCGCCGCCCACUCCAUUCAGCAUCGCGGCACACAGCCGAGCUUUCCAGGCGAGGAGAAGGCACACAAUAACUUAUGCAUGGAGCGCCCCGAGUUCUUUGAAGUACCGGAGACAGCAGAAGAGCCACCGCCAAAUGCGAAUGAAGGCGAGGAGAAAGGUGCUGCUGCUGCUCCUGUUGUUGAAGCUGCUGCCGCCGCCACCGCUGCUGAUCCUGCUCCUGCUGCACCCCCGGAGGCGGAGGUAAAGUCUGAAGAGGUGAAGCCCGCCGAAACGCAGCCGGAGAGCGAAGCGAAGCCCGCCGAAACGAAACCGGAGAGCGAAGCGAAGCCCGCUGAUCCGCCGAAACCAACUACGCCGCGACAGAGCGUUACAAAACCCGUCGAACAAAAUAAGAGCAACACCACUCCACGGAACAGUAUAAGGAACAGCACAGCCUCAGCUGGAAAACAAAAGGGGAGCCGUAACAGCGCACCAACUACUGAAAAGAAUAAAAAGAACAGCACACCAAGGGCUAGCAGAUCUAGAUAGGAAACAAAUAUACAAAAGUAACAGUUUAAAUUAUUGUUUAUAAAUUUAACUAGCCGAACCAAGACUGGCAAUAAAAUUGCAUUUUAAUUGCAAGACUUUUAAAGCA